GAACCAAUCAGUAAAUGUUAUCUCCGAAACCUCUGCCUCUGCAGCCAAGUCCAGUCGGAUACACGAGCCGAACCCUCGGUGCGCGAGCCCGGUGGCACGUGAAAUGAGAUCAUGUGGAACGAUCAGGCAGGCUAGGUUUUGGUACGACACGGGUAUUUCUCAUCGAAAUGUUUUUGUCGGGUCCUAAAGGAGGUGUUCUUCUAAUGCCGAGACACACGUCAUGAUGAGCAUAUGGGCAGAGCAGACGGGAGAUAACGAACCGGACUACACCACCUCUAAUAUUCGCGUUGUACCUGUUCGUGUCUACAGCAACCACAACAUGGUGGCGCCAAUCGCUAGUGGCUCAUUCCAAGCGGAUGGAAUGGUGGCUGUGCCCUACAGUAUGAAGAACCCCCUCUCCGCCAUCAGUUCAGGCUAAUGCGACGAUGUUACAUUCCGAGCUGGGGCUAGAUUUUGCUGUGCAGAGGGCAAUCGGGUGUGGCCCAAAUAAAACGAAAGCAAAUGGA